GAUUUUUCGCGUUGUCUUGAUUUCGAUUAAUGAAAUGCAUUCAUUUGCAACUGAUGCCAUCAUAAGUAGUCAUCAUUGAUCAUAGUUUUAUUGUCUUUAAUGGCUGCCAAACAUAUUGUCACGCGUUUAUAACUGUUACUACUCUUCUUACUCUCAUAUCUGGCGAUAUUUAAUCUAGCAAAUAAAAAGGAAUUACGGGACUUGCAAGACAAACCGUAUAUAUCAUAUAUACAUAUAUAUAUAUAUAUGUAUAUAUACAUAUAUAUAUUUAUAUAUGUAUAUAUAUGUAUAUAUAAAUUUUAAAGCAAGAUUCGGAGCUAUUUUACUCAUCUCGUUUGCAUUCCAUAAUUAUAAAGGAAACAAUUCCUAUAAUAUUGUUAGCUAUUGUCAACUCGAUUUCAAUUGAUAGCAGCAGCGGAAUUAAGGUAGCAUUUUUUGUAAGUGUUUAUAUUUGUGUGUACUUGUGUUUGGGGCCAAACUGUAAGAUCUGUUUGGAGUGGACCCCCAGAGCCUGUCCGCAAAGUGUGCUUAGAUUACUUUUAAGUAAUAAUUUUUGAAUGGAUCCUUUUGUCGGUUGGUUUCAAGAGGAACAGGAGGGUCCAGCAUUACGCACAUGGUGUAAAAUUUGGGAAACCAAUGCGCAUGAGAUGAGCCAAUUGCUGGAGCAACAAAAUCAACAGCUACAGCAACAACAAUUACAAGGUGGUAAUAAAUUGAAUAACGGUGCUUUAAGUGCACGUGAUCGUGACUCCAUACAACUGCUAUUACAAUUUGGCGGAAAUUUAAGACAUAAUCUUAACAAUAAUAACGGUAACAACGGUAACGGUAACGGUAACAGCAAUAAUUCCAGUGGUAACACAUCCAGCAACAAUUCCAUUGAUUCGACAAGCAACAACGAUUCGAGUCAUUCGCAUACGCCCGCCACCACACCCGGCGAACCGACAACAUUAAAUACGAAAAUGCCUUCCCACGAACGUACGAGCUAUUAUAAUCCAUCACGUAGGAAAAUUGGACGCAUUGUUGAUAACAAGGCGAGCACGUACAAUUUAAAUAAACACAUGAAUAAUUUAAUAUCAAAGUACAAGGGCUGUCCGUGGCGUGUGCCUGAUUUCGGCUACGGUCGCGGCGUUGUGGGUUUGCAUCAGGAAAUCGAACAAUUUUAUAAUUAUGUGCUGCCAACCCCGACUGAACAUGCGAUACGGAAUGAAGUCGUGCAACGUAUCGAAGCCGUGGUGCAUUCAAUUUGGCCGUCGGCCCUUGUUGAAAUAUUUGGUUCCUUUCGUACCGGUCUCUUCUUACCCACCUCUGACAUUGAUUUGGUGGUUAUAGGCUUGUGGGAUAAAAUGCCUUUACGUACUUUGGAAACUGAACUUAUUGCUCGCGGCAUUGCAGAACCGCAUUCGGUGCGAGUAUUAGAUAAAGCUUCGGUGCCCAUUAUUAAAUUAACUGAUCGAGAGACUCAGGUAAAGGUAGACAUCUCAUUUAAUAUGCAAUCAGGUGUUCAGUCGGCCGAAUUGAUUAAGAAGUACAAACAGGAAUUUCCCCUGUUAGCUAAACUGGUGCUAGUACUAAAACAAUUUUUAUUGCAACGUGAUCUCAAUGAAGUUUUUACUGGUGGCAUUUCCUCUUAUUCGCUAAUACUCAUGUGCAUUAGUUUUCUCCAGCUACAUCCACGUCAAGUACAUGCUGACACCGAUAAUUUAGGUGUUCUGCUCUUGGAAUUCUUCGAGUUAUAUGGCCGCAAAUUUAAUUAUAUGAAGAUCGGUAUUUCAAUUAAAAAUGGCGGCCGAUAUAUACCGAAAGAGGAUUUGCAACGUGACAUGAUAGAUGGCCAUCGGCCGUCGUUGUUGUGCAUUGAAGAUCCUCUUACGCCAGGUAAUGAUAUUGGACGUAGUUCCUACGGCGCACUACAAGUGAAGCAGGCUUUCGAAUAUGCCUAUCUUAUGUUAUCACAGGCUGUGAGCCCAUUAAAUAAUUGGGCCAAUGAUUGCACUGAACGUUCAAUAUUGGGACGAAUUAUACGCAUAACUGAUGACGUCAUUGAUUAUCGUGAAUGGAUACGUGAACAUUUCGAGCACCUUGUAAUUACUCGGCAUUCACCAGUAGCUUCUUUAGGAACACCCAGCUCAGGUAACGUGGUUGGUAAUACAACUAAGUACAUGCAAAUUCAGUUGCUACCUUCUGCCAUGUUGCCUGCUGGGGCGAUAACUGCUCAACAGCAGCAAAUGCACCUCAUGCCGCACCUCUAUCACCAGUCGCAACAACAACAACAAGCGAAUGCAGUCCUUAAUUCAAUGCGUCAUCGUCGUGGAAGCACUUCUUCUGGUGAUGAUUCGGAAGAUAGCAAAGAAUGUGAUGCAGAUUCGACGUCACCGACAGCGACUAGUGGCACCACAGUUAAUAUGGCUACAACCGCGAAUAUUCAUUCGGUUACGCGGAUGGAUCAGCAGCAGCAGCAACAACAACAACAACAACAACAACAGCAGCAGCAGCAGCAACAUCAUCAACAUUUACAAAUGCAACAUCAACAGCAACAGGUGGCUACCGCUGUUAACGCAAAGCUGUUACAGAUGCCACUGCCGCAACAAACCCAGCCUCAAAAUUUAACACAACAAUCACAGCCACAACCAACAACUCUUAUAUCAACUACUACGGUAACAUUGCAAUCGCCGCCGUCAAUGGUUUUGGAAGCCGCUGUUACUUCGACAACAACAACAACUACCAUAACCUCAACAUCGUUAGCGUUAACAUCCACUAUUACCACAACAACGGCUACCCUGAUAAAUACCAAUAUACAGCAAAACCGAAUUAGCACUAAUGAGAUCAAAACGCAAACCUCAAGGACGUCGGCCUCACCACCUAGACAACACCAGCAACUAUCGCAACAACAACAACAACAACAACAGCAGCAGCAGCAACAACAACAACAACAAUCCGUGAAAAGUCAUGGUUAUUACCGUCAACAAUUUUAUGUACCACCCCCUAUGCAGCAGCAAUACCAACAACAACAACAGUUAACUAAAUCCACGAAUAACACAACGGCCGCUUCUUUAUCGUCGACAUCCAUCUCAGGCGCAGCUGAGGGUUAUGUGGGAGGUAAUGGUAAUUAUCAAUCGAACAAUAAGACCCGUUAUGCCGCACAACGUCUUUUGCAACAACCUCUGCAGAUGAGACAUCAACGUAUACAACAACCGCAGCAGCAGCAUUCAGCUACUCUACCCCGUUACAGCAGUGGCCAUAUGGCAUCGAAUAUGACUUCCGCCUCUUCUACCAUUUCUAUAAUAUCUAUCUCGUCAGAGUCUUCAGUGGCAUCAGCAGGUUCUGAUUCAUCACAUUCAUCGGGUUCAGAACCGAAAACACCACCUACUAAUGUAACGGGAGCUGCUGCUCUCUAUAAAGCAGAACAUCAACAAUCACAACACCAACAUCAAUCAACACAACAUCAUCACCAGCAACCACAACAUCACCAACAACGAUUUCAUGAUAAGAAGAAAUCGAAAAAAGGUCACAAACAUGGCGGCGGAGGAGGAAAACAUAACUAGACAAGUAUAAUUGUUCCAAGUGUAAAAUGUUUAAAAAAUGCAUUUAAUAAUUAUACACAUUAAUGCCAAAUGAAAUUGAGAAAUUGUGAAAAGAAAUCUCCCAACUCUGCAAAAUGUCUUGUAAAAGCCUACUGCUCCUGUAUAUUGGAUAAGCAAUAAUUAUGCUUCCGCUUAUAAUGACGUUACAACAACAACGAAUUGAUCUAGCGCCACAUCGCCCUGCCUCUCUCAUCCGUAUAUAUAUAUAUAUAUAUAUAUAUAUAUGUAUAAAUGAGAAGCCUAUAGAUAGCAAUAUGUCACCACAACAACAACCACCACCACCACCAAGCAAAUAUA